AUGGUCAGCGUUUCCCCUCGCCUGAAGGACUGUCUUGAAGACGACGAACAAGACUCCGUCGACCCUCGCUUUGUAUUUGGCUUCCGCUCCGUGUCGUUGGACUCCUCUGGCUACGAACAAUAUGAACAAGAUGAUCACAGGCCUUGGUCGGCCGGUGGCGACCCGACAGCGAACAGAAAGAAGCAACGACUCCGGCAAAGCAGCCAAAGGCUAGAGCAGCUGGAAACCUUCCAGUACCGGACAUGUGCAGAUGGAAACCUCUUCCGGUUGUUCGAGCUGUAUCCAGGUGUUGGCGGACGACCGGUUGAGGGCCGUCUCAGCUUCGAGCAUUCAAAUCGUGUUGAACGGGACUACACAUGCUUGUCCUACUGCUGGGGCGACAUCGUCGAACGGCCAGUGGAUAUUGUCUGCGAUGGCUUCAAGCUCCCUGUGACCUCAAAUCUAUUAGCGGCAUUGCAAUGUCUUCGGAAGCCCAAGAGCAGUUUCUACAUUUGGUGUGAUCAGCUCUGCAUCAAUCAGGCAGACCUGAACGAGUGCAGCCGGCAAGUGGCGAUCAUGCACGACAUCUUCUCGCAGGCCAAAGACGUGAUAGUGUGGCUGGGAGAGGAAGACGACAAGUCCGGGAAGCUGUGCGAAUACGCCAGAAAAAUGCGCCGUGGCGAAGACAGCCCUAAGCAAACGUUGAAGCGCAUCUUGACUCCUCGCCAACUUCAAGAUGCGAUCCAAAAGCUGCUGCAGCGACCGUGGUUUCAGAGAGUUUGGACAAUCCCAGAGGUGGCGAACGCACGCUUUACCAUUGUUCAGAUAGGUAAUGACCAGCUUUCAUGGGAUAACUUUGUCCGCUUGAUCAAAGACGUCCCUCUACCUCCAGCAGGUGGAUUCGACAAGCAGGCCGCCUUACUGGGCAACCCCAGGCAACGGAUCGCCAUUCUCUCACAGAUGAGCGCAAGCCAGAAGGCUGGGCUUCGCCAUACGGACAUCACACAACUUCUGAUACUCGGGAAGGCCAGUAAAGCGAGCUUCGACCUCGACUACGUGUACGCAUUCUACGGUCUCACCUGGCUAAGAACGUUCCCAGACUAUCAGAUGCCAACUGAGGUACUAUACGCGGAGAUAAUACAAUACUACGUCAAUAGCAUCCGCUGGGAUGCCUCAUACUCCAACGUCCACGAUCUGUCCGAAGAUAGACGAACGCACCAGCUCAUGAGCGUCCUGUACAGCGCAGGUGCACUCCACCAACACUACACCCUUCCAUCUUGGAUUCCGGACUGGACUUUCGGCUGGCAUCUCGCUCCGAUAUGGUGCCGGGCAUCCUCCAAUAUCGUCACAGCAUCUGGCAAAGAUGAAUGGUCGGCUGGCGUGCGCUGCGACUUCCGAGCUGGCGGCAGGGAGUGCGGUGAGUUUGACGUACUGCCAGGUCCUUUUGGUAUGCACAAGCUGCGUGUGUCUCUUAUCAUUUUCGACACGAUUACCAUCACAAGCGAGACAACUCCAGCAUCCACACCCGGUGCCGAAGUGAACUCCGCCAUGCAACCGGAUCCCACGAUGAGAUACGGGCGAGCUUUUUUGCGGACUGCGAAGGGCUACAUUGGCCUUGCGACACCAGGAAUCGAAGCGGGCGACGACGUCGCGGUGUUGCUCGGUGGCGACGUUCCAGUCGUCAUCCGUCCUUGCGGCAAUCACGAUCCGGACACUAGGGCAUACAAGUUGCUUUGUGAGACCUUUCUUCUCGAUGAAGGCGUAAUGCAUGGCGACAUUGUGCGCGAGACGUGGCCAUUGGCAGAGGAUGUUGUCUUUCUGUGA